AUCAAUUCACCAAGUAUUCACAUUUCUCCUGUUGCCUAUCUCUUCUUCUUCUGCUGCUCUUUCUGUUAAGUAAACAAACCAAGCAAUUUUUCUACUGAAAAAGCAGACCAACAAAGCAAGCAAUGGGUUCUGAGUCACUUGUUCACGUCCUUCUUAUUUCUUUUCCUGGCCAAGGCCAUGUUAACCCUUUGCUUAGACUUGGCAAGAAACUUGCCUCUAGGGGCUUGCUUGUCACUUUCUCUACUCCUGAGAUCACUGGCAGGCAGAUGAGGAAGUCUGGCAGCAUCUCGGACGAGCCUACUCCCGUUGGUGAUGGUUACAUGAGGUUCGAAUUCUUUGAAGAUGGGUGGCACGAUGAUGAACCUCGACGCCAAGACCUUGAUCAGUACCUGCCUCAACUUGAGCUUGUGGGUAAAAAAUUCUUUCCCGAUUUAAUCAAGAGAAAUGCUGAGGAAGGUCGGCCAAUUUCUUGCUUGAUCAACAACCCUUUCAUUCCUUGGGUUUCGGAUGUUGCUGAAAGUCUUGGUCUCCCUUCUGCAAUGCUUUGGGUUCAAUCUUGUGCUUGCUUUUCCUCUUAUUACCAUUACUACCAUGGUCUUGUCCCCUUCCCCAAUGAGGAAAACCCCGAAAUCGAUGUUCAGCUGCCAUGUAUGCCACUUCUCAAGUAUGACGAAGUGCCUAGUUUCUUGUAUCCUACUAGUCCUUAUCCUUUCUUGAGAAGAGCAAUUCUUGGUCAGUACAAGAAUCUCGAUAAGCCUUUCUGCAUCUUGAUGGAAUCAUUCCAGGAACUUGAGCCUGAAAUCAUCGAGUACAUGUCUAAAAUUUGCCCUAUCAAAACUGUUGGUCCUUUAUUCAAGAACCCUAAAGCACCAAACUCAGCCGUCCGAGGUGAUAUCAUGAAGGCUGAUGAUUGCAUUGAAUGGCUUGAUAGCAAGCCACCAUCAUCGGUUGUUUAUGUUUCUUUUGGUAGUGUAGUGUACUUGAAGCAAGAUCAAUGGGAUGAAAUUGCAUAUGGACUUUUGAAUUCUGGUGUCUCAUUCCUGUGGGUUAUGAAACCACCACACAAAGAUUCAGGCUUUCAAGUUCUUCAAUUGCCUGAAGGUUUCUUAGAGAAAGCAGGAGACAGGGGAAAAGUCGUGCAAUGGAGUCCACAAGAAAAAGUAUUAGCUCACCCAUCAACUGCAUGCUUUGUAACACACUGUGGAUGGAACUCAACAAUGGAAGCACUUUCCUCAGGCAUGCCAGUCGUCUGUUUCCCACAAUGGGGUGAUCAAGUGACUGAUGCUAAGUACUUAGUUGAUGUCUUUAAUGUUGGCGUUAGAAUGUGCCGUGGAGAGGCUGAAAACAAGUUGAUCACACGCGAUGAAGUUGAGAAAUGCCUCCUUGAGGCAACAGUUGGACCCAGGGCCGCAGAGAUAAAGCAGAAUGCAUUGAAAUGGAAGGAAGCAGCCGAGGCAGCGGUGGGUGAAGGUGGUUCAUCUGACAGGAACAUACAAUACUUCGUGGAUGAGGUGAGGAGGAGAAGCGUCGAGAUAAGUAGCAAGUUAAGCAAUAGCAAUGGAAAUGAAGAGAAGCCAACCAGCAACCAAAACGAAGAGAAGCCAACCAGCAACCAAAACGAAGGGAAGCCAACCAGCAACCAAAACGAAGAGAAGCCAACCAGCAACCAAAAUGAAGAGAAGCCAACCAGCAAAGGAAAAGUAGAGAAGCCAACCAACAACGGAAAAGUGGAAGUAUUGGUGGAGUCAUCGGCAUGAAGAAGAGUGUCAAUCUACGGUCAAUUUCAAUCUUCAAUGACCCAUUGUUGAAUAAGUUAAUUGCCCUUCUGUAGGUUGGGUGUGUUGUUCUUUAUUUAUUUUUCUUCUUUUUAAGCUUACCCAAUGUUUUUCUUGGAAUAAUGUGUCAAGUGUCAUCUUUGUUUGGUUGUUAUAACUAGAAUGCUGGUACAUUUUAGUUUUCUUCUUUUUCCAACUUUUGACCCAUUGUAAUUUUUCCUGUUAUGCAAUUUAUUCUCUUGAUGAAAUGCCAUGUACUGUUGUUACCUACCAA